GCCAUCAUGCUGCCUCUAACCCUCCUCUCCACCGCCACCCUCCUGGCAGCAACAGCCUUCGCCCUCCCCCAAUCCUCUCCUCAACCAGACCUCUUCACCCGACAGUCAUCCACCGCCAAAGUCGGCUAUCUCCUCACCACCUUCCCCGUCGAAGAUGAAGCCAUCUACAUGUACCUCUCCAAAGGCAACGACGCCCACACCUGGCAACAACUCACAACCGACGGCUCCAACGGCGCCAUCCUCCGCUCCACCAUCGGCGACAAAGGCGUGCGAGAUUCCAAAAUCGUCCGCGCGAAAGACGGAAGCAAAUACUGGCUCAUCGGCACGGAUCUCCAAGUCAACAACAAAGCCGACUUCAACGUCGCCUCCCGCUUCGGCUCCCUCAAAAUCAUCAUCUGGGAGUCCACCGAUCUGGUCAACUGGUCUUCUCCCCGCCUCUCCCCGAACCUCACAGACUCUUCCGCGGGAAACGUCUGGGCGCCCGAAGCCGUGUGGGAUGAAAGCUCCCAGACGUACUUUGUCGUCUUCGCUUCGCGCUUCUUCCCCGCCACGCCGGCCGAUCGGUCGGGACCGCAACCGCCGAAUAAAUUAAUGUAUGUCACCACGACGGACUUCAAGACGUUCUCGGCUGCGAAGGAGUACCUCGCGCCGGGGUAUCCUGUCAUCGAUGCGACGUUUUUAAAGGCCGAUAAUGAAGGCGCUAGGGUGUGGUAUCGAUGGGUCAAGGAUGAGAGGGAUUUGUUGAUUUAUCAAGAACGGUCGGCGAAUGGACUUCUGGGACCUUGGAGUCGGGUUGGUGGUGCUUCGGAUUCGGAACGGAUCACGUUUGCGAAGCAGUAUAGCAAUAAUGAGGGGCCGUUGGUUUUUAAGGACAAUGUCGACUCCGGUCUCUUCCACCUGUGGAUCGACGAGAACUCAUUGCAGACGUACAUCCCGGCCACGGCGAGGACGUUGGGCAGCAUGUCGGCGUGGAAGGCGGAGGCGCUGAAGGGGUUCCCGAAUCAUAUCAAGCAUGGCAGUGUGGAGAGUGU